AUGAUCGGUGCUAAUUUUAGAGGCAAUAAACUGGGAAAUAGCAUUAUCGUAAAUGUAUUAUGUCACUUAGUAAAGGCAAAGCUACGCUUUAUUAAUCUGAGCCACAAUAAUAUCAAUAAACUUAGAUAUGUGGGCACUAAUAAGAACAAAACGACUUCAACAACUGAUGUAAAGAGUGGAGAUCGAUAUAAUUUAUUUGCUAGAAAUGUGCGCAUAUUAAAUAUAGCAUACAAUAAAUUGACAAAAAUAGAAGGCAUUAACAGCAUACGAGCUCUACAUGCAUUGACAUUUUCAAAUAAUAAGAUAACCGAUUUCCCAAAGAUUAGUGGUAUAACUGGUAUUAUUGUACUAAAUCUUAGUUCAAAUGAAAUAGGAAAUAUUGAUAGAGAGCCUCAAAAUCAAAGAAUAUAA